AUGGCUUUCGCCCAGUCGCACAUUAUGGCCGCUAGAAGGCAUCAACACAGUAGACUCAUAAUUGAAGUGGAUGAGUACAGCUCAAACCCCACACAGGCGUUCACGUUCUACAACAUUAACCAGGGACGCUUUCAGCCCCCACAUGUGCAAAUGGUGGAUCCUGUGCCCCAUGAUGCCCCCAAACCUCCAGGAUAUACCCGAUUUGUCUGUAUUUCUGACACUCACUCAAGAACUGAUCCAAUCCAAAUGCCCUAUGGAGAUGUUUUAAUACAUGCUGGUGACUUCACUGAACUGGGACUUCCUAGUGAAGUUAAAAAAUUCAAUGAAUGGUUAGGUAGCCUGCCGUAUGAAUACAAGAUUGUGAUCGCAGGAAAUCAUGAAUUGACCUUUGACCAAGAGUUCAUGGCAGACUUAAUCAAGCAGGACUUUUACUAUUUCCCUUCUGUGUCUAAGCUGAAACCAGAGAGCUAUGAAAACGUGCAGUCUCUUCUAACCAAUUGCAUCUAUCUUCAAGACUCUGAAGUGACGGUGAGGGGGUUCAGACUGUAUGGCUCUCCUUGGCAACCUUGGUUUUAUGGCUGGGGCUUUAAUCUUCCACGAGGCCAAGCACUAUUAGAGAAAUGGAACCUUAUUCCAGAUGGAAUAGAUAUUCUUAUAACACAUGGACCACCUCUUGGUUUUCUAGACUGGGUUCCUAAGAAAAUGCAGAGGGUAGGAUGUGUUGAGCUGCUGAACACAGUCCAGAGACGAAUACAGCCACGACUUCAUGUUUUUGGACAUAUCCAUGAAGGCUAUGGGGUAAUGGCUGAUGGAACUACUACCUAUGUGAAUGCGUCAGUGUGCACUGUGAACUACCAGCCUCUCAAUCCACCUAUAGUUAUUGACUUACCUACUCCAAGGAACACAUGA